AUGGCUACCCACGUCGUCACCGCGGUCACUGCGACCAUCACUCCGACUGCUCCGAACCAGAUCUCGGUCCACGGUCAACCCUCUCCCACCAACUCGGUCACCACCACCCCCUCAAAUAAUUCGCCGACGUCUCCCCGUCUGGCCAUCGUCGUUCCUCACCAACUGCCGCUGCAGUCGCGCCAGCUGCGCCCGCCCAAGGGCCCGCUGUACGUGCCCGCCGCUCUCCGUCCCACCGAGCGCCCGCAAAAGUCGUCUCCCAUCACUCCCCCUCGGAGCGUCCAUGGCUCCCUGGACAGUCUGGAGGAGUCGGCCGAGCCCAUCAGUCGCCGCUCCACCAUGGAGAGCAAGUCCAGCGGCAUCAGCAAAGUCGCCGAGCACGAGUGGAUGAAGAACGAGUCGCUCGGGGAGGUGACCGGCCUUCCCACCCGCGACCACUGGAAAGCGGACGCGGCCUCGCCCAACUGUGAUUCUCCCACCUGUCGCUCUUCCUUCGGUCUGUUUUUGCGCCGUCACCACUGCCGCCACUGCGGCCAUGUCUUCUGCUCCUCGCACACCCCUCACGUCGUACCGCUCGACCAGAAUGCUCGCUUCCAUCCCGAGGGUGUCCCUUCCCGGGCCUGCGAUCUCUGCUGGAGUGCUCAUCAGCGUUGGGAGCAGACUCGGACCGACCGUCUGAGCAAAAUUCAGAACUCGAUCGACCAGGCCAACAACGGCGAAGACUCGAGUGAGACUUCCAAUCUCGAUACCAGCCAGGAAUCCGGCCGCGCCGCUCUCAAGGCUGACCUGGGCCACACGGCCGAGGUCGCCGCCAGUGUUCCUCGCGACUGGAACUGGAGCACCUUCUGA